UUAUGAACACAGAUAAAGCUUCAUCUUUAUCUUUGCACUAACAAAUCCUCAAAUUUUCUUAUACAGCCCUCUAAAUUGACCAUAUAGAACGGAAUCUUGAAAUUUAUGAUACAGUCCUGUGGAAAGAAACGAGAAGUGUAGAUAGUGUAGCUUGAGAUUUAAACGGGAGUAUCUGAUAGAUCAGAGUAGUCUAGGAUGCUUGAUCUAAGAGUUAGAGUUUUUGUAAGUGACAAUUGCCGACACAACUGACAAUGAUACUUCAAUUGCCUUUCAAACUCGCUGAAUUGAAGAAUCUGUUGGUCGCACCACUCAUUCCGUUUCGAUUAUAUGCUGUGAUAACCGAAUGAUGUUUGAUAUUUUCACGCCUUGUUCGAAUUUGCAGUAGUCAUCUAUGAACGAUAAGUGAAAGAUCUGGCUUAGAAGGGCAAAUAUUGGCAACUAUUGCAAGCGAUCCAAAAUAGAGUAUAAAUGUAUCACAGAUGAUGAAGAAUGAUCUAAUUAGUAUUUGACAGUAGCUAUUGCUACAAAAAAUGAUUGAAAACUACAUUUGUGAGAUUUGAAGAAGAAUCUGCUAUCGACGUCUACUUCUGUGAUCGAAUCUAGCACUUCUUUAGAAGAGAAAAUAAAAGGUUAACUGGAACGUAAGGGAGUUAAAAAGAAAUCUGUGAGUCAACUGAUACUUAAUCUUGCCUAACAAAUCUUUCAAGUACACUCAAACUACGAGUGAAGACUUUUAAAGUACGUAAUACAUAAGAAUCAACAAAGAAGUAUGGAAAUCCAAGAGAAAUCCGAAAGUCAAUCAACAUCUUUGGCUGCAGUUUUACAUGCCAAAUUCUCAGCGUGUCAAAUUUCAACAGAAAGGUUACAGUCUGAUCUGGACACGUCUCUUGUAGAUCAACUAGGAAAUAUGAAAGUUAAAGAGGAUUCUGCGAAUCAAUCUUCUGCUGCAAUAUUUGCUGAUGAGAUCUUUGCAAAGGAAAAUUGUUUAGAAAUUGCGCCCUUACCAACAUUGCAAAUACCAGACAACAUUCGCGCAAGACUAAAAUUUGAAGAGAAGCAUAACUUGAAAUUUAACGAAGGUAGUCUAACACCUGCUCAACCGAGAAAUCGUCAUAAAACGAGAGAGGAGUGUAGGUGGAAUCCGAUUAUUCCUCAGCCUAAUCCAUCUCAGAAAAAUCUGUUACAAGGAAAAAAGAAAUGGUGUUAUAGUCGUUUCUCAUGUUGGAUGUUUUUACUAUUGCUAUUGACAAUUUCUAUUGCUGUAUAUUUAUUUGAGAACCAAGAUCGCAGACACAGCUGUGAAUUUGCGUGCGCUGUCAUCGAAUUGAAGAAACGAAUUUAUGGCCAGAAUCAUGCCAUACAAACUUUGAGUGAACGUCUUCUUCUUGACACACCUUCCUCAAGGGUGAUAGUCCUUAUCGGCGGCACGGGUGUUGGCAAAUCGUACACUGUAGACAUCAUAAAGAAGAACUUUCCGAGGAAAUAUGCUAUUCGCCAGUAUUAUCCUCCAAUCAAACCUAUGAUCGAAAUCAACUUUUCUUUCUUACAUCCGAGUCUAAUAAUUUUCGAGAAUCUGAAAGAACGCGAUGUGAUAGAUGUCGUGAACUAUCUAAAAGAACGUAAAGAUACGUAUAAAAAUCAGCUUGUGACUAUAUUGGUUGUUAUCAACAUUGAGCAGAUGGACAAUGAUUUGACAAGAACAGCGAAUAUAUAUCGAAGUCAGAACAUGAUAGAGACUGCUUUUUUCAACGAAGAUAUCGAUGCCAAAAUUAUUCCCUACGAUUUUUUGAGCGAGAAUAUCUUGGAAGAAUGUAUUAUAGAUGCAAUGAAAACGAGCGAUGUAACGCUCUCAGAAGAUAAAUUCAAUUAUGUUAAGUGGAGCUUGCAGGAAAGUAAUGCCGGUUGUAAAGGUGCCUAUAGCAAGGUUCAGAUGAUUGCUAGACAGUAUCUUCCAUAACCAACUACACGUACUGACUUUGAGACGUUACGAACUUAGAAGUUGCGCGGUCUAUCGACAAAAGCGAAAAUAAGAAUAUUUUAUAAAUGGUGUACCUACACAUUAAUAUUUGCGAAUGUUUUACUUAUACGAGAUUAUUUGAUUAAAAAUUGAUCUUUAUUACUAUUA